AUGAAGCUCCGCCUUUCACUCUUGGUUGCGGCGGCGACUCUGGCCGUGGCGCAGGAUAACGUUGCUGCUACUGCUUCGUGCGAACCUCAUGGUGAUCACUGGCACUGCCCCUCAGGCGUUCCUGAACCUACGGCUCCUCCUGCGGCUUCACCAUCUCCUCAUGCCGACGGCGACGACCAUGACCAUGACCAUGAUCACUCUCACGAUGGCGUCUCUGCGACGGCAAGUGGAGUCUGCGAACCACAUGAUGAUCACUGGCACUGCCCUCCCGGCGUCCCAGAGCCCACCGUGGCUCCCGGAACCGCUGCUCUCACUGUAACCGCUGCACCAACCCCUACCCCGUCCCACAGCGACCAUGACGGUGAUGACCACCACCACGAUGACGAUGUUACGGCCACUACCUGCGAGCCCCACGGUGACCACUGGCACUGCCCCUCUGGCGUCGCAGAACCAACCACCGCACCCGCCGCCAGCGGCGCAUCUGGAUCUGCAGUCUCGAGCGUGAGCGCCAGUCUGAAUGCUUCUGCGAGUGCGGCUGCGAGUACAUCUCCCCUGCCGCCUGCACAGCAGACUGCUAAUGCUGCCGCUGCUGCCGGCCUUGGCGGUGCGGCAAAGGGCGUUGUCGCUGUGUUGGUCGGGGCUUUGGCGUGGGCUUUGUAG